CGAAGAGGGACCUUCUGCCUCUCGCAACCAGAAGCGAAUGCCGCGUGUGCCUCUUCCGAGUCUCGACGCGAUGAGAUUGCUGAGUGACAUCAGCGAACAUGUGCGGGAUCAUUGGUACGUACGACGACUGUUGAGACAUCGUGCCGUAACAUUAGAGUGGAGAAAGAGGAUCUCAGUAGAUCCAGCGUUUGCGGCUGCAGGAGGGUUUCUCGAGGCCCAACGAGACUUAAUCCGCGUGGCGCUGGUCAAUCGACCACAGCGGGGAAUUGCCGACACGACAACUCCACGAUCUUCGGCUAAAGAGGCAAUUAGAGCUGGAAGAAAAGAGGACGCCAGAGGAGGAAAUGCCAGGGAAGUUUCUGCUGAGGAAACUAGCCAAGAAUCGACAUUAUUGCGGAGAAAACUCGAAUUCCAGUACUCUGCGGUCCUGAAAAAGCAUUGGGAGAGAGCGCCACCAGGAUUUCCACAACUAAAUGGGCAGCCAGAAGUAGCUUACGACUAGGUUUUCGCUUGGUUGAACGAGGGAACUUGAGAUAUCGACUUGAUGUUUCCAUACACUAUAGCUCCAUACACCAGCAUCGCAGUGGAGAUAGCAUUUACAACCAUCUCUCCUCCAUUUCAACCCGUCGCAGACAUGGGUGAUAAAUGUGUAGGGAGUCGUCUGUACUUGUGGUUGUGGAGACUGAGACAAUAGCUAAUUCAAUUUGAUAGAAAACAUGAUAACGCAGCAGGAGCAAACAGCAUAAUUCUCAUUUUUUUCAUUUCACGGAGGAUGAUGCUGACGAUGACCCCCUAGCAGGUAGGAGGCCUCCGAGGCCUAUGCCCAUCCCUCGACAAGAGGUGUUUUCUGCUCGGCAAAGAUUGUAUGAGCAGGCCCGACAUUUAUACAAUACUCGCCACAUUCAUAACUACAAUCUGCGCAUCCAGGCGGACGGGAUCUACUACGACGGUCGGCCAGAUUACCUCUUAUGAUUGAUGUCCACUUGAAAGUCUCUGUCAAACUUAUGAUCUUUCAAUGAAUACGAUCUAUGACAACUAUGUAUAGGUAUGAAAAUGAAUUCCGUUUUGUUUCUGCCGGGGUGGGGGAGAUGGACUUCCUUUUGAAUAACUAUCUCACAACUUGUUUUAUCUAGAAGACGACUUGUUUUCGUUUUCCUCGUUUAUCAUGUCUAAACAGCGACGUGGAAAACCUCGGCUCUAGGGAUGAAGGCGGACGACGCGAAGAAGCGGCCCCUAACCCUUUCGGCAUGAGCCGUGAUCGUAGGUAUCCCUGGUUGUGGUGGGUAGGGCGACGCAAGGCAGUCCACGUUGCCUGUCUCGAUGGAAGAUCCGCGGCAAUUGCUGCUACUGUAAGUCGUCAGCGCAACAAUGAUAUUUGGAGAUCAAGAACUGUCAGGAGGUACUUAAUAUUCUAUCUCUCAUUCUCUCGUACUCUGCUUCAUUGAGUAGAACACUGACUUGAGACGGCAACUAUUGUUUAUUUCAAGUAUCGAACCUUAGCAUUAUGCCUACUUACUACUUGUACUUUCCUGCUGACAAAAUGGAUUUUCGUUUUCUGUCCGCCCAGAUCUAGACACGGGCAGUCUGAUGAGAUUGACCGGAGUAUAUCGGUGAGCAGUGUUGCAGAGGCCUGG